GAAGUUACAGGUGGACGACAGAAGUCCGAACCCCACGAGUCGGCGUUUUGUCGCUCAAACAAGAGCUUGAAGCAGUACUGUAUUCAUCCCCGACUGACAUAUCCGACCCCGUUUCCUGCAUUCGAAUUGCCCACCUCCUCAUCUCUCACUUCCCCCUUCAAGAUGACGCAAAGCUUGGAUUCGGGAAGCCUUACCGGACCUACACUCGAUCUAGUUAGUCGUAUCGAAAGGCUUCUUCAGCGCCAAGCUCUCAACCCUCGCCAGCGGAUCCUAGUUGCUCUUGCAGGUGUUCCUGGUUCCGGAAAGUCGACUGUAUCGUAUGCGUUGCUGCAGGAACUUGUCAGACGAGGUGUCAAUGAUGUGACAAUUGUACCGAUGGACGGCUUCCAUUAUACGAAGAAGGUCCUAUCCGCGUUUCAAGAUCCAGAGAAUGCCUUCCAGCGGCGCGGUGCUCCGUUCACGUUUGAUGCAAGAUCCUUCAUAAGUCUGGUCAAGAUGCUGAGAACAUCACCUGUCACUACAGGCGAUGAGCCAGAGCAACCUGUGUAUGCGCCCAGCUUCGACCAUGCGGUCCAAGACCCGGUAGAGAAUGACAUCGCCAUCUCGUCACGAAGCCGAGUUAUCAUUGUCGAAGGCAAUUACACGCUUUUGAACCAGAAGCCUUGGAAUGAGAUCACUGGCCUUUGCGACGAAAAGUGGUUCGUGGACGUCCCUCCAGAGACAGUGAAAAAUCGUUUAGCAGCACGUCAUCUUGCUGCUGGUAUUGAGACUUCGUACGAAGCAGCCGUUCGACGAGCAGAGAGGAACGAUAUACCGAAUGGGGAGAUGAUACGGUCGCUUCUGAUUGAACCCGAUGUUACUAUUCUCAACUGAAGGUAUUUUUUUUUUG